AUGGUGGGCAGUGGGGAGCCCUGCAGGGUGUCUGAGCGGGGGAAUGACACCACCACGCGGCUCCUGCUGGGGGCCAUCGCGGUCCUUCUGUUUGCCAUCCUGGUGGUGAUGAGCAUCCUGGCUUCCAAAGGCUGUAUCAAGUGCGAGGCACCCUGCCCUGAGGACUGGCUGCUCUAUGGAAGAAAGUGCUACUUCUUCUCGGAGGAGCCGAGGGACUGGAACACGGGCAGACAGUACUGCCACACCCACGAGGCCGCGCUGGCGGUCAUUCAGAGCCAGAAGGAGCUGGAAUUUAUGUUCAAGUUCACGCGGAGGGAGCCCUGGAUUGGCCUGCGCAGAGUUGGCGAUGAAUUCCACUGGGUCAACGGGGACCCCUUUGACCCCGACACGUUUACCAUCUCUGGCCCAGGGGAGUGUGUCUUCGUGGAGCCCACCAGGCUGGUGUCCACCGAGUGUCUGAUGACCCGGCCCUGGGUGUGCAGCAAGAUGGCCUAUACUUGAGGACGGUCAGGACAGAGGCGGCCUCUCUACCCAGGGCCAGGGGAGGCGACGGCUCCAAGACCUGCCUCGAGUGGGAGCCACCUGCCUCCUCCCAGCGGCCGCAGUGGAGAGGGUAGUCUCUGCCUUCCACCCCUCAGGCUCCACCCUCUCAGGCCCCUGGAUCUGGUUUCCGUUGUCCCCAGGCAGGUCCUGUGGCUCAGCAGUUAAACCCGGUAUGCUAAGUAGAGUAGCCACCUCUCCACCUUACACACGCACACAUGCACAUGCACACGCGCACAACACAGCCCCUUCUCAGUGGCCUGUCCUUAGUCCUGUCACAAGCCCUUCACUGGCCCCAUCUGGAACAUUCCCUCCUUGCUGCAGCCCUGGUGCUCUGGGGAAGGCUGGGGGCUGGCACAGACGGUGGCCCCUCCCUGGUGGCUUCUCUCCAGGUAGCUGGGGGAGGAGGCAGGCGAGUUCUUCCUGUCACCUUGGCCAGCCCAGGGCCCUGAGGCUCCCUGCACCUGCCCUCUUUACCUCCCCGGGGUCCUCAGGCUGGGCCCCUGCUGUGCCGUGGUGCUGUUGUAUGGUCACUAAUGGAAUAAAGAGAUGACUGAUGUCCA